AUGCUACAAAGACCAAUUUACAAGGUUACGAUUGUUGUUCGAUCUAUUAAUUUGCUUGCAGAGCCUGAUGUUCUUAAAGAAGUGAAGCAGAAGCUUGAUCUUGGAUCUGUGAAGUUUGAGACAUUGUGUGACAAGGACCGAACUUCUAAAAAGGUGCCUUCAGCGGGGAGUUUCGAGAGAAGACUCCUAGAAGUUAAUAGAAAAAGAGUCAAGGUUGUAAAACCAGGGUCUAAAACUUCUUUCCCAACUACUGAAAUUCGUGGAACUUAUGCUCCCCCUUUUCAUGUGGAGCUUUUCCGAAACGAUCAGCAUCGGCUUAGAAUUGUAGUGGACAGCGAGAAUGAAGUAGACUUGAUGGUGCAGUCGCGGCACCUCCGGGACGUUACUGUGCUUGUGAUCCGAGGCCUUGCUCAGCGGUUCAAUAGUACAUCUCUCAAUUCCCUUCUCAAAAUAGAAACAUAAGUCUAUUUAAGCAGUGUAAAGUUUGUUUUGAAAUAUAUCAGUCUAUAGGUUUUGAGGCAUACAUACAUGUCAUCUCUCCCCCUUUCCCUCCAUCAAUUGUUUGUCUGAUUGAAAUAUUCAUUAUUUUUAAUGUAAGAAAUAUUGUGCAGUGGUGUGGAUAGUUGUUGUCACAAUCAUUGUAUAUUAUUAUCAAAAUGAUCAUAUUUCAGGUGUUUA